UUUGGCUGCUGCCGCCACUGGGCAGAUACCACAGAGAGGGGUCUGACAACACUGAGUGCUCUCCAGCCUGGCUCUGGCUCCAAAAAGAAGUGAAGAGAGUUAGGACUGACAAGUGGGCAGGACUCAACAAGGAACUGCAAAACAAGACAUUUAGGGAGCAAAAGGGAAGAAGUGGUGAUCUUGAGUCAAGAGAUCAAGUCAAGUGGAGCUGGAGGAAAUGUCAUCACUGGUAAAGGAGGACCUGGAGAAGAAACUGUUUAAACCUCUCCGGCAGAAUCUGUAUGAGUUUAUUGAAAUUGAGUUCUCGGUCCAGGACAGGUAUUACCUCUGUGUGUCAGUGACCAAAAGUGAAGAAGUAAAAAUAAUUAUGGUGAAACACUACAGAAUAGGUUUAGAUGAAAAAUAUGAAGUAAAAAAAAAGUGGUCUUUGAACGAUCUGCAGAAGAUUGAUGGAAAAGAAGCAGAUACAGACAAUCCAUUUUUUGAUCUGCACUUCAAGAAAGUGUACUGUUUAGAAGCAUAUAGUUGUGCUUCUAAGUAUGCCUUUGCUCGAACUGUAAAUAAGCUGAAUCAUGCAUAUCUUAAGAAGGACUUACAAAUCGUGAACUUUGAUUCUACUUACAUUAAUGAUGAUUCCAUUUGGUCCUCCAAUAACAAGGACUGCUUGGUUCUUAUGAGAAUAUGCUUUUAUGCUUUCAAUCUUGUAUGUUUGUCUCUAUGUCCUUUGCCACUCUGAAAAUACACAUUCCUUCAUCAGGGUUCUUUGAAAAUGAUUUCCUAAGUAAAUACUGAUAAUCAUAAUUUUUGUUUUCUCUCUUCAGUAGUAACUUAUUUUUAUGAAAAUAAAAUUAUGCCUUAUAAAUUGCA